AUGAACAACACGUUGAAAACAACCGUCGAUAGGAAACGCCCCCCGCCGGUCAAGGUGCUGUCCGGUCAGCUGAGGACGGCAGUGAGCCGGCCGGCCGACAGCGGGGAGGGUUAUGUGAUCAGGCCGGGCAGGGGUCGCUCUCUGCAGGUGUCUCUGGUGUGGAUGCAGGGGACGGUCCUGGAGGUGCAGCUGGACAGAAACACCCUGCUGUUGAUGGAUGAGACCGGGACCUUUGCGGUGCAAGGGGUCAACAACAUCCCCAAAGGGAAGCCGUGUCUGUCCCAAGGCAAAUAUGUCAUGGUGAUGGGUGUCAUCCAGGCCGUCUCCCCGGAGCCAGUCAUCCGUGCGGUGAAGAUGGCAGACCUCUCUGCGCUCGCCGCGCUCCACAGGCGGAUGUGGAAGCUGGAGGUGGAGGAUCUGCAGCAGGUGUUGGCCUGAAUGCAGAGCUAAUGGUGGCAGGAAGCCCUCGUCCUGUCAUAGCUGUCCAGAUGGGUGUGCAGCAUUCAAGUCAUUGUGGACAGUUGGAACAAAAUACAUCAUUGGACUAAACAGCAGAUUUGUCAGGCUUCUGAUUGAGGUAUGAUGCAAGAGUGACAAAGACAGGAGAAAACAGACUCCUACUAAUGCUUACUGUGGCUAUGCUGUGAAGUGGGACCAAAAAUGGAGCUUAAUGUUGAAUCUACCUUUAAAACAUUACCCAGAUUUGGAUGCAUCUUGUAUUAACUUAUUUUAGGAUAUGUCUUGUAAUUUUUUGGUUUAUAUUUACAAUAGAAAAAGGCUGGAAGAAAGUUGUACAAAUGUUAAAUAAAGAUGAGUCAUAUUUCACAA